GCGUAUGAACGGUGUGCAGUCAAUGUUAAGAAAAAAAAAAACAGGGUCUAGAGAUAUGUGUUUGGAAGAUGUUUGAAACAGUUCGUACUUCCUGUCAAAAUGACGGCUGGUGUGAAAAUGUAUUUUCGUGUGUUGGGAGUAUUAAGUAUUUUCGCGAUUGUUGCCCUCGAAUCGGCUGCUGCAGCUUUUAGUUACUGCUCUAAUGAUAGCGUAUCCUGCAUGACUCAGCUUUUACAUCUAAAUGCAUCUAAUUCAGCGUGUAUGGUGGUGUCAUACUUACAGUCCGAUUGUGCAAAAUGGUCAUUUAACGUUGGUGGUUUGUCUCAUAACCUUGGCGCAGUGGUGCUGAAGGCAUAUCCAUAUGAAGAGUCAGGGUACAGAUUAUCUGUCUUCAAUGUAUCAUUGACAGAUAUCAGAUGGACAUCUCUGCGUUUUAGGUUCAAACAGAAUGGGUAUGACAACAAACACUUCUGCAGAGAAUUUAAUGUGUCUUCAGAAUAUAGUAUUCCAGAACUUUUCUAUGACUGUCUUUGGACAAAAUCAAACUAUGAGGAGACAUAUUUUACUUUUGAAUAUGAGGCUCAAACACUGCAGCAUACUGAAGUCAGAAAAUAUGUGACAGAACUUCCCUCUUAUAAACACAUAGCGCCAAGAACCGAAUUGAAAAAUUGGUCACCAUUUUUAUAUGUUGAUGUUUCUGAGUCACCAGUCUUCAUAGCAAAAUGGCAACAGGCUCCUUCACAUUUUGGUGUACAGAACUACAGAGUACAAGUGUUCAGCAAGGUAGAAAGCUCAGAAAUGAACUUACAGGCUUCAGAAGUGAUUCCAGGAGCAAAUGAGAACCAUGAAUUGAGUUAUAAGUUUGACGCUUUCCAUAGUGGUGACUACCACUUUGAGGUGUGCAUACUCAGUAAUAAUUGUACUGAUGGUCUGUGUAAAAUUGCAAAGUCUCCAUAUAUAACUGUACGUACUUUUAUUCCAAAGACACUCAUAUUUUGUUGUCUGAUUCUUCUAUCUCUCUUCUUAUUUAUUCUGUGCGUGUGGAGGAGGCAGCAUCAUCCUGUAGUUGCAGAUGCUAAAUUACCGGUAGUGUUAAUUAUCUACACUCCAUCCCAUGCAGCUCAUGUAAAGUGCAUGGUGACAUUAACAGAAUAUUUGAGAAAUGUCUGUUUUGUCGAAGCACUGCUUGAUCAGCUGGAUAUUCAGGUCUCAGAGACGAAGGAUCCAUUCAUGUGGUGCAAUGAAGCAUUCUCUCGAGCUGAUUUUGUAAUGGUUGUUUCUUCACCACCGAAAUGCUGCAACCAAGAAGGGAUAUUUAGGAAUGUGGAUGUCAUUGCUCUCCACUUCUUGAAGGAGAAGUUCUCUGAACGCAACUCCAGACCUGAUUUCUUUUCUGUCUUGAUGCCGUACUGUACUGAACGUGAUAUUCCAGAUGAGGCAAAGAAUCUUCGAAUGUUCAAGCUAACCAAGGAUUUUGAUAAGAUGUUACGGUACAUUCAUAAUGGCGGUAGGUUUCCUACUGUUAUGGAUUAUGCAAGGACGUUACUUGGACCAAAACUAAGAGGAGGUAAGUCUGAUUUGAAUAGUAGAGGCUGCGUUCUGCUGGCAGCUAUGAAAGAAGCUGAGUACGAUUGCGUCAGAGUUUGUAAUUGCAAGAAACUGGAAGUUAAGGAGAAUGAUGUUAAUGGCAUUCAGAAUACAAGAUAUCUGCCAAAACUUUUGACUUCAAGCGAGGAAGGUAACGAGCUUGGGAGGAAUAUGUGUGGUAGCGACUCCACAGACUAUUUGUGUGAGAGUUCUGAACCACUUGAUGUUGAAUUACCAUUUUUGUUGGAUGAUUUAGACCUUACAGGGACUGCGCAGAUGAAGGUAGAGCCAGUUAAGAACAGUGAAGCUCUACUUUCAGGGGUUGACCUAAAUUCUAUGAAACUGUAGAAAAAUGAUUUUUCAUGUUUUGGUAAAAAGGUUUGUUACAUGAAUGGUAGUCUAGAUUUUUGUGUUUAUAGAAGUGUUUAACUUCACUGCUUGGAUAAGUCAAUAUUUUGUACUACUAUCUCAAGGCUCUCCAUAAUAUCAUUUCCACAGUAAUUUUUCUUUUAACUGCACACCAUUAUCAAAGGGUUUAAAAGGAAAAACUAUGACAUUUUCAGUCUCACUUGAUGUAAAAAAUAAAGGAGAUUAUGUUGUGUGCUGAAAUGAUCACAUAUUCAUAGUGGAAAAUGAGAUUCAUGGUGGUGAAGAUUAACGUUAGUAAAGCCAUGAAACUUUAAGGAGUUUCUGUACUUCUUUUAUCCUUAGCAGACAUGACAUGUUUAAGAAAGUUAAGCCACUUAUUAAGAGUUGUACCCAAAAGCAUUUGUUAAAUGAAGUGUGCCAAAUUACAGGUACAUGUGAUUCAUUUCAUACAUUAGUUAUACAGUGUCCACAUGAAUUCUCCCCCAUUAACAGAUUAAAUUGGGAGGGAGCUGCAACUGUGGUUUGUGGCGUUCUAUGGAAUAACUCAAAAAGUUUUACUUAGUACGCUUAAACAUGAUCUCUGUUAGUAGCUCUCAGGAUAUCUAAGCAAUAUUUGAUUUCAGCCCAUGUGUUGUUCAGCAUGUCAUGUGAUGAUUUGGAUGACAUCCGUAAUUUUUCUGCAGAGUUCAGCAACAUCGCAUAUCGAGGUGGCAUAAACCCUGUCUUUUACAUAACCCCACAAGGAAAAAUCAAGGGGGGUUAUUUCUGGAGAACGGGAUGGCCACCUGGUUGGUCCAAUUUGGACUUUGUACACACAUAAACGAAGUCGUUUAUGAAGCACCUUGUGAACUUUUUGAGACUUCUCUGAAAGGCCUCCAUGACACGCUCCACCUUUUCAUCAGACACACAUCUUUGCCUGAACCUGACUGCCACAAAACACUCCCUGUAGCCAGAAACUUGCCAUACCACACCUUUAUGGUCUUGUCUGGUGAAUCCUUCUCAAAAACAUGACUUUAAUUUCUUUGAACUGUAAUUGGUGAUUUAGUUUUCGGAAAACCAAACUACACAUUGAGCUCUCUCUUGUGGAGAUGCCGUUUUGUGUAUUGUUGAUUGCAGUGUCGCCACUGAUUGCCUACAAGACCUCUGGAAUGAAGAAAAUAAACUUUCUAAGUUGCUCUACAGAGUUUCGCAAACCCCGUGUUUCUAUCUUUCGUAGGUUUCACUUUCUAUUUGUUUGUUAAUGGGGGAGAUUUCAUGUGGACACUCAUGAUCUUACCCACAGUACAAUUUACUGGUUUACUAAUGCUCUUAAUUUGAAAAUAAUUGUUAAGUUUUGUAAAAACAUUCUGUAGAUAUGUAUGUAUACAUUGCAAACUGUAUUUUAUUAUCCUAUACUGUAGUGUGAAAUAAUUGUUAGUUUGAACUUUAAGUCAUUAGAAUGGUAGCCCUGUAAUAUGGGAUUUGAAUCUCCUAUUUCCUUAAAAAUUAAGAUUAAUGUAUUGGAAACUUUGUCUUCCAGAUCUCAGAAAUAUUUACUGUCUAGCAUGUACACAAAUUAAUAUACUCAGAGCAGUGAUUGUAAGUUUUCUUACUUAUAUAAUUUUAUUUUGUACUUAUGUUUUACAGAAUUUUAAUUUGUUUAAAACUGUUGCAGUGUUAUUCUAUUGUAGGUGUUGCUUAUUUACUAUUAGGGUCUGAUUCAGAAGAUGUGAACUUCAGAUAAAAAAAAGCAUAUAAACUAUCAUACUACAAAUUACUACAUUUGCUUUGCAAUAUCAUGUUUUAACAUUAAAAAUAAUUGAUAUGUAUAAAAAAUUAUAUUGAUAUAACCAGAAGUGACUGACUAAGAUUAUAAUUUUGAAACCGAAUUAAUCUAUUUUACACCAAUAAUACAUUGUCUUAUUGUUUAUAUCAUAUACAACAGUAAUAGAGACAUUCAUAGUCUUUUCAAAAAAUAUUAUACUGAUCUAUGAGUGAAGUAAUAUAUGCCAGCUGGCAGAUUUUGUUAAUGGCAUUUGUAUUGUGGAACUUUGGUUGAAAAUAUGGCGAAACUACAGAAAGAAGGCUUCAGAAGACAAUCGUCACAAAUAGUACAACGUUAUAACAGUAAAACAUUUUAUAAUUACCCAAUAAAUUAAAAUUGUUGUUGAGAUAGGUCCCUGAAAGAAGUAUGUAUUGGUCUUUUGUUUGUUAUGGCUGAAAGUUUGUGGUUAUGGGAAGAAUCAAAACCCCUUAUUAUAUAACUUUGAACAUCAUGAGGAUCUUCUGUUUUGGUACAGUACAAGAGGUACUAUUGUAUUGAUGAAGAAAUUGACCAGGAAUUUUAAGGGAACCUUGACUUUAUAAAAAUUGUUUUUAUAUGAUUGUUAGGUUGUUUGCCUCCUGCCAAACAACAAUUACAGUGAAUGGAUUGACUUGGCCCAUCCCUUGAAAUUGAUGAUAAAUAGCUUUUCAUAAAAUUAUGAUUUUCUCAUUAGUUACUUGAGCAUGGAAAACUAAUGUACUUGCACUGUCAGCUUAAGCGCUGUGGUUGCUUUCGUGCAUGGCGAAACCAGUGCUGUUUUGGUGUGGUGAAAAGGUAUUCUGUGUCCAAUGCAGGAAUUAAACCCCACCUUGCCAGAUCAUAAUAAAACACUCAAACUCACCGAGCUCGUAUGGUUUUCCACAUUAUUAAUUAAAACUUAAAAUAAUAAGAUUAUGGUAUUUUGUCAGAUUAACCCAUAAAACCAACUUUUACUUAAUAAUUCUUCCCUUAUUCAUUUCAUAAUUAAACAGCUGCCAAUUCUUAAUAUUAAAGGACAUACUUUAGUUCUUUUUGCAGUGUUGUCUCAAGUCUGAAGUGGGAAGGAAGCCUCUUUCUGAAAUUAUCCCCUAUUUAAUACCAAAUUAUUAAUGAAGCACAAUAGGAAUGUGUGCACUUGUUUUACAUGACACUUGUCAUAUCUCCAUGUCAUUCUGAAGAAAAUAUAUAUACACACACACACACGCACGCGCACACACAAAUGCGUAUUGUUUACAACCCCUGGCAGUUACUUAAUUGUUUAUGUUUAUGUUUACAACAGCAGAAAACAAAUCUGUACCUUUUGUAAUCCAGCAAGCAAAACUAGAAGUCAGUUUUGAUCAGGUGAUUGUUUCUGGCUUUGGAGGGAUGUUGACUAGUUGUAGACACACGGAACUUCAGUCUCUUGAAACGUUAAACACAGUUGUGACUUAAAAUAACUUUAUGCCACGUCACAUCUGAUAGCAGGUCACAGUGGGAUGCACUGUUCUUAGCAGUGAAGAGUUUCUUGAGGCAGAACACUAAAUUAUUCUUCUGUGCACUAGACGUGUAUAAUGUUCUCAUUCUAAUAAAUAGAACCAUAAUUGAAAACA